CAAUCAAAACAUAACCAAAGCACUUUACAGUAUAAGAAAUUGGUAAUUUUAUUUAAAUAAAGCCGUCCUUCAUAUUUCAUACACUUGCACGAAUGAUUAUGUCCUCCUUGAAAUUAUGCAACAUUUAUUUGAAGUAUCUUUGUCUAUCAUUUGAAACUAAAUAAGUUAUUUGAUUGAUCAGACUUGAAUGCUUCAUACUACAUUAAUUAAAUGUCAUAAUGAAACAAAGAUUACUAUUAACGACUUCGUGGUAUAAAUUUCAUAAGCGAUAUGCCCAAAAAAGUUCCAAAAUUGUAAAAGGAAAACAUGAAGAUCACGAAACUGCGAAAAUUCGAAAUAUCGGAAUUUUGGCCCACAUCGAUGCGGGUAAAACCACUACUACAGAAAGAAUGUUAUUUUAUUCUGGUGUCAUUAGACAUAUGGGAGAGGUUCAUCAUGGAAAUACAGUAACAGAUUAUAUGCAGCAAGAACGUGAACGUGGUAUUACGAUUACCUCUGCAGCGGCAACGUUUGAAUGGAAGAAUCAUCGUAUUAAUUUAAUAGAUACUCCGGGACAUAUAGAUUUCACCAUGGAGGUAGAGCAAACGUUGAGGGUAUUAGACGGUGCUGUAGUUAUACUUGAUGGUUCUGCAGGUGUUGAAGCUCAGACAUUGACAGUUUGUAGACAGGCUGACAAAUACAAUAUACCCAGAAUUAUUUAUGUGAAUAAAAUGGAUAGAUUAGAUGCUAAUUUUGACAUGUGUGUACAAUCUAUCGAAAGAAAAUUAAAUGUAGAGGCCCUACCUACUCAAUUUCCAAUCAAAGAAAAAGGAAUUCUGGAAGGUAUCGUGAACGUAAUUACUAUGGAAAAAUUGAUUUUCGAUAUUAAAGAUAUGGGCAUGAAAUAUAAAAGACUAAAAUUGUCCGAAAACGAGGAUAAAGGUUUAUGGGAAAUGGCGCUUGAAAAGCGUAGAAAUUUAAUUGAUAAACUGUCUAAUAUGGAUGACAAGCUAGCUAAUAUUAUCAUUGAACAAGAAUCUUUGGAUUCGAUUACCGCGCAAACGUUACUCAACUCUUUGUAUAGAUCUACUGUAAAUAGAAAAGGUGUUCCAGUACUCCUAGGUAGUUCUUAUAAAAAUAUAGGAGUGCAACCUUUAAUGGACAGCAUUCUGCUAUACCUACCAGCACCUGAUCAAAAUAAAUAUAUGAAGUAUUACGAUUCUUUUGGUAAACAUUUAUCUGCCAGAGCAUUUAAGGUCGUCCAUGACAACCAAAAAGGAGCGAUCACUUUCUUUAGAAUAUAUACUGGCAGUAUAAAAAAGGGUACAAAAGUGUACAAUGUCCAAAGGGAAAUAUCAGAACAGGUCGGUAAAUUAUAUGUUGCCUGUGCAGAUGACUAUCAAGAUGUAUCCGAAAUUAGUCACGGAAAUAUUGCAGCAGCUACAGGGUUGAAAUAUACAACAACCGGUGAUUUAAUAACAUCGGGUGCAACGGUGGCCAGUCGUGCGAGAAAGACCCUAGAAGCACAGAAAGAAAUUGAUUCAAAAGAUGUAGAAAAUUUCUUUGCUCUAAAUUCAAAGAUAUUAGAACCAGUCUUUUUCUGUUCGAUAGAAGCACCAUCUCCUUCCACUCAGGUAGCUUUGGAAACUGCUCUCAAACAACUAGAGAGAGAAGAUCCAAGCUUGAAAGUAAUUCAAGACGAGGAAAUUGGCCAAACUGUACUUGCAGGCAUGGGAGAAUUGCACAUAGAAAUUAUCAAAGAAAGGAUCAGAUCGGAAUUCAAAAUCGAUGUCGAAUUAGGUUCCUUGCAAAUCGCUUACAAAGAAGCUAUAUUGAAUCCUGCCAAAGAUACUUUUACUUCGAAGUUUAGUAUUGGAAAAAGAAAUUGUACAGUCACCAUGACUGUAUCAUUAAUUCCAAACCAUCAGGGAAGCGAGACAUUAUUACUGGAUAAGACGCCGGACUGUAUCGCAAACAUCGAUGCCAUAAACACCAACAUGAUGAAGGCAAUCAAGGCUGGGGUCGAAUCAGUUCUUCGGAAUGGACCGAAACUCGGCUAUCCAAUCGUAAACAUGGCAGUGAAGUUACAUUGGCUGGAAUAUGGACCCGGUACAGUACCGACGAUAGUUACCGCCGCUAUUUCACAAAGCAUCCGAAAGCUGAUGGAGACUAGCUCAUCGGUACUAUUAGAGCCAAUCAUGCUGCUAGAGAUCGAGGUAGAGGAAGAAUAUUCGAGCGCCGUUAUGGCAGACCUUCCAAAAAGGCGGGCCGAGAUACAAGACAUCGAUGCUCGUAGGAAGAACAAGGUGAUCAGGUGCUUGGUUCCAUUGGCUGAAUUACUGGGAUACUCGACAGAGCUGAGGAUACUUUCUUCAGGCCACGCCACGUUUUCGUUAGAAUUCGAUCACUAUGAAAAAAUGGAUCCUACGACCGAGGCAGAAGCUGUUAAGAGGGUUACGGGUUUUUUUUAGAAAUUCGUUAAAGCUGGUGUUCUAAAUGAAUGAUCACAUCAUAUGCAGUAUAGUAGAAGGAAAGUAUGAAUGUUUUCUUUUAAACAAAUAACACGUCAUCGUUGUUUUUCUGAAAUCUUUUGUAUUAAGAAAUCAGCAGUUCAACUUUACAAAGAUGAAAAUCGAUCACUCUAACGUAAAAAGUUACUUGUACAUUUGAAUAUACUUCCGAAGAACGCUGCAUUUAUAUGUCACCAUAACAAUGGCAGCGACUGCUUACAGCUAUAGACCAAGUAACAAUUUAUUCGACGGAAACACCGUUAUUAUUCUCAACAAAUUACAUAUGUUCGGUUUCUCGUAUUCGUUUGAUCUAAUCAAAAUAUAUUGCAGCAUCAUCGAUGGUGCGUUACAAUUUUUUUUAAACGAUCAUCGAUGGCGGGCAACGAUCGCGGGGCUAGCCUGAAAUCGAGCAGGCUCGUAGCAACGUAAUCGACGAGCCGUUAACCCUUCGAGGUUUAAAAAAGAAAGUCUUGUAUCGAAA